CAUCGAUUGCAGCAAACCAGUAAAUACGUCAGCAGAGCGCGCGCUCAGUGCUAUGAACAUGUCGGAGGUCAACCACUCAACCAACGAGCAAGAGUGCAGCCGGCCAGUCCCAACCAUCUCUCACGAUACGACGCACAAUUUAUGCGAAGAAGGUGCUCAGAUCGACUUCGAUGCUGUGUUCGACUUGCCUUUCAAAUCGGAUUCCAAGCUUGAAGAGUGGUCGAAGCCAAUUUCAAGGGACCUCACGAGCUUUCAGGACGAAUGUCGACUUUGUCACAUGGCAAAGACCUGCCUCCAACGACAAUACUACCCCAAACAGCGGAACGGCCGGACACCUUUCCACUUUAGAGCGUGCUACGACAGAUCAGAAGGGUUUGAGGAUGAAAUUUAUGUCGCGAUAGCCGAAGGUUCAAGGUCAUCAUACAGCCCACUGGAAGAGCACAUUGAUGAGUCGGCAAGAGGUGGUGUCAUUGUCCACACCAGUAUCUCAUCAACGGCGGAAGCUUCUAGAUGCUUGGGUGGGCGGAAACUAUCACAGAUGUGCAUCAACUAUGACGAAGUCCGGCACUGGCUGCAAGAAAGCCACUUCCGAUCAUACCAGAACGUUUUUUCUAUAACCCGGGCAGUGGAUACCUUCGAGCGCUACGUGAUUGACUGCGAGACUCGCCGGAUAAUAGUGUUGCAAGAGAACAUGGAGUACUUUGCACUGAGCUACGUUUGGGGCCAUUGGCACGGUUCCGAGCUCUCCAGUGAAGCCUGUAAUGGAUAUUCUUUGGACGAUUCGAGAAAUUUGCCUUCCAAGUUACCGCAAACGGUCGAAGAUGCUCUUUCCGUGGUCAAAAAUCUUCACGGCCGAUAUUUGUGGGUUGAUCGCUAUUGUAUUCCUUCUUGGACAGAUAAACACGUCCAGAUUCAAAAUAUGGAUCAGAUAUAUCUAUGCGCGACCGCAACAAUUGUGGCUAUUGACCCUGACCCCGACACUUCAUCGAACUCUGGUCUUCACGGCGUAUCUCGAGCCAGACUUCCUCAACAGGUGUUGCAAAUAGGCCAUCACGAAUUACUUCUGACAGCGCCUCACCUCUCGCAUCCAUUGGCAAAUUCAAUAUGGGUGACCAGGGGUUGGACAUUUCAAGAAGUGAGGUUGUCACGAAGAUGUUUGUUCUUCACCGAAGACCAAGUUUACUACUCUUGUGGAGGAGAGAUCUCGUCCGAGGAUACGAUCAGGGGCGUAUCUAAACAUCGCGAUGUCAGGCCGGCUUUCGUUUCUGCAAUUUUGAGACCACGACUUCCCAGAGAUGAAGCAGAAGUCGAGAAUGAAAGUGCUGAAAGGCUCGCGGAUAUUGAAGAGUAUACAUCGCGGACAUUGACAUAUGAUGCAGAUAUCCUUGACGCUUUUCAUGGCAUCUUGAGGUCGACCACUCUGCCAACCUUAUGGGGGGUUCCCUUAAAGGACCGCGGGGCACACGUAUGGUUCGGUGCUCUCCUGUGGUUUGGCCAGAAGCAGGACGAUGAUACAACUUGGCCCGAGUUUUCCGCCUCUGCUCAAGAUCAAGGGCCCGGCCACGAGGAUCCAUCUCAGAUGGUCUACAAAGGCCUCGUGCUGGAGUGCAAUUCUGUCGGCAACAUGCAAUGGCCCGAAAACGGCUUUCGAAAUACCGUCAGCAGCCAAGCUCUACUGCAGGGGCCGCGGCCUGACACUGGAUCGCAUCCAUUCGUCGCUGCUGCUCUCGCGAUUGCAGCAGGAGACAUGGCUAGCAAUCAGGAUAUCGACGCUAGUGUGGAUGGUGCUUGA